CUUUAGUCGAACGCCAUUUUGUCGGUUUAUAACAGCGGUGGUUUGGUCUCCUGCUGGCCGCUGGCUGCUGGAACCUGUUGCUCCGCAGUUCCGUGUUGUGCAAUGGACGGCAGUGUCCACCAAGAUUUAACAGUUGGUACUAAGAGAGGAUCUGAAGAGCUUUUCCCCAGCGUCUCCAGCGCCCCCCCGUAUAUCAUGAGCACCACAGCAAAUGGCAACGACAGUAAGAAGUUCAAAGGUGACAUAAGAGGUCCCGGCGUGCCGUCCAGGGUCAUCCACAUCCGAAAGCUCCCCACUGACAUCAGUGAGGCCGAGGUCAUCAGCCUCGGUCUGCCCUUCGGAGACGUCACCAACCUGCUGAUGCUCAAAGCCAAAAACCAGGCCUUCUUAGAGAUGAACUCGGAGGAAGCGGCUCAGAACAUGGUGGGUUAUUACUCCACAUUGGUGCCCAUCAUCCGACACCAUCCGGUCUACAUCCAGUUCUCCAACCACAAGGAGCUGAAGACCGACAACUCCCCCAACCAGGAGAGGGCCCAGGCAGCUCUUCGGGCCCUCACUACGUCCCAUGUGGACGCGGCUUUGCCGGCUCCAAGCACCGUGCUGAGGGUGGUGGUGGAGAACCUGAUCUACCCCGUCACCCUGGACGCCCUCUGCCAGAUCUUCUCAAAGUUCGGCACGGUGCUGAGGAUCAUCGUCUUCACUAAGAACAGUCAGUUCCAGGCGCUGCUGCAGUACGUCGACGGAGCGUCCGCCCAGUCAGCUAAACUGUCUCUGGACGGACAGAACAUCUAUAACGGCUGCUGCACUCUGAGGAUCAGCUUCUCCAAACUCACCACCCUCAACGUCAAAUACAACAACGAGAAGAGCCGCGACUUCACCCGACCGGACCUGCCCACCGGAGACAGCCAGCCCACCAUGGAGCACCCAGCCAUGGCCACAGCCUUCACACCAGGUAUCAUCUCAGCCGGUCCGUAUGGUGGCGCGGCUCACGGCUUCCCCCCCGCCUUCACCCUCCAACCUGCAAUGACCUCCCACUACCCUGGCCUGGUCCCCACUAUGCAGGGUGGAGCCCUGGCCUCCCUGUCGCUCCCCGGAGGCAGGCUGGGCUUCCCCCACAUGUCCGCUGGAGUGUCUGUCCUGCUGGUCAGCAACCUCAACCCCGAGCCUUCUCUGCUGUCUUUAAAGAGAGUUACGCCCCACUGCCUCUUUAUUCUCUUCGGUGUUUAUGGAGACGUGAUGAGAGUGAAGAUUCUGUUCAACAAGAAGGAGAACGCUCUGGUUCAGAUGUCGGACUGCACACAGGCUCAGCUAGCCAUGAGCCACCUGAGCGGGCAGCAGCUGCACGGGAAGCCUCUGCGCAUCACGCCGUCCAAACACACCAGUGUUCAGCUUCCCCGUGAAGGUCACGAGGACCAGGGCCUGACCAAAGACUACAGCAACUCCCCUCUGCACCGCUUCAAGAAGCCCGGCUCCAAAAACUACUCUAACAUCUUCCCACCUUCUGCCACCUUACACCUCUCCAACAUCCCCCCGUCUGUGGUGGAGGACGACCUCAAGAUGCUGUUCUCCACCUCAGGAGCCAUGGUGAAGGCCUUCAAGUUCUUCCAGAAGGACCACAAGAUGGCUCUGAUCCAGAUGGGCUCGGUGGAGGAGGCCAUCGAGUCCCUCAUCGAGUUCCACAACCACGACCUGGGAGAAAACCACCACCUGCGGGUCUCCUUCUCCAAGUCCUCCAUCUGAGCCCGAGACGUCGCCGUCUGAACCGUUGACUCGACGGUGUCCACUACACUCCGAUCAUUCCAACGCACGUCUGCAGAAACCACCGUGAAGUCUGGUGUGAUGUUAAAUUAUUUUUUUUAACUCAUUUGUUUUUAGGUUAUUUGCCUUCAAAGAGGAUUAGGGUCAGUUUAAGAAAUAUUAGAGUUUUGGAGGAAGUCAGAAUUCUGGAUUUAAUCUUAAAAAUCGGGGAAUAAAGUUUGUAUUCUGAGUUUGUCAGGAAUGAACCGCAAUGUUCCGAUUAUAGUCAGGACUGGACUCUAAUCCCGUUCGUGUAUUUGUGUCCUUGUUACCUUUUAGCCACUCUUGCCUUUUGACUUUAAUCCCAUAAUUAAGGAUUUAAAGUCGACCUUGUGAGUUUAUUUCUCGGGAACGCUGAUUUAAAUUCUUCAAAUCCCGAUUUUAAUGAACUCAGAAUUCUUUCUUAAAUCUCAGAUUCCAAGUUUUCCUACUGUGGUCCUAAUCCCAUCCUUUGAAGUUUCCCCUUCGGAAGAAACGCUUCUGUCUUUUUAAAGUAUCUGCUUUGACAACGUUUGGGACGUCAUGAAUUCACCCUCAAGCUGUCAGAUCUUAGUCUGCGCCUCGUUAAGAAAGAGAAAGGCCUCGUUAAGAGAGAGGCCUCGUUAAGAGAGAGGCCUCGUUAAGAGAGAGGCCUCGUUAAGAAAGAGAGAGGCCUCGUUAAGAAAGAGAGAGGCCUCGUUAAGAGAAAGGCCUCGUUAAGAGAAAGGCCUCGUUUGGCCUUCCAAUGAUUCCUGUGCCUUAUCAGAAUGACCUCGACUUUGACAUGUAAAAAAAAAACUAAAAAAAUCUCCCAUCAUGCCUCUGUAAAUUGGCAAAGAGCAGGUUUACAGUUGAUAAAGGUUUACUGUUGAUGUAUUACAGAUAUAUCCUUAUUUUAAGUGUAUUUUCUUGGUGUUUUCCUUUGUUAGUGUUUUGUACUGCUGGUUACUGUAGCGUCAAACAUGUGAACGGAUUCUGUUUUAGCGGGUUUGCUGGUCUCUAGACCUUUUUAGAUUCUCUUUUUUUCUCUAUUCCUCUUUGACUUCUUUAUUUCCAUGUAUGCAAUCACGUUUUAUUCAAAUCAAAUAUUGUAGCAAUAUUUUAAUCAUUCCUGAACUUUUACUCGUUUGGUUUUUGCUGGCUCGGCGGUUCUUCUGCUGCCUUUUUACAAUCUGACGAAUGUUUUGUUUCCGUCGUGUUCGAGUCACGACGUUCGCUUGUCUCGUCUCUCGCGUUGCCUCUCUGAACGGUUUUAUUUAUAAGUUUGUGAUCCACUACAGCUGAAACCAAAAACAGCCUUUUAGAUGCAAACAAAUUCGCCUGCCUCAGGUUUCUGGUUUUAAGGACAUAAAAAAAGAAAUGGAAGAUUAUGAACUGGUUUAGGCUUCGAUGGUGUUUUCCUGUGGGAAUGUUUUUAUUAAUUUCUCGACCGCUUCACUGGAUUCAGCCCACCGGCGUUCAGUCUCGCAAACCCAGAUGUAACGUGGAGUGCCUUCAACGCAGCGCUGAGUCGGGACAUCAGGUAUUAAUUCCUCUUUACUCCGAGAUGAAAGUUUGACGGAGAAGAAGCCCCGCAGCCGUCACUAAUGUUCUGAAACCAGAAGGUGCUGGUUUGGUGUAUCUGUGUGUCUUUAAUAUUAUUACGUUGACAUUCCAGCUGCUCAGACGUCCACCUGACCAUCAACACGAUGAAGCGUCCCCGUCUGAACUGAAGGUUUCCUCUUGAGUCGUGAUGCAUUCAAGACACCUGGGAGGUUUGGGUGUUGAGUUUUUAAACGCUCGCUGUGUCGGCGCCCUACGGAACAAAAGUCCUGAAUCGUUCCAGAGACUCCGAGGACGUCGACUCUGGUCCAUCACACAUCAGUUCUUUAAAAUCUCCAACACACUGUGUCCCAGACGAGUGAAUCACUGACGAUAACGCGCACAAAAUAAUGUUCAUGUAGCUGUUACUAAACUUAAUAUUUCUGUCUACAUCCUCCGAUUAGCUAAAAGACUUCGGUCUCCAUCUUAUUCCUUCUUGAAAAUGUCGGCGUUGAGAUACCUGUCGCCGCCCGAGUCUUUGAUGUUUAGAAGUCGGUUUCUCCCUCCUUUAUUCUGGUCAUGUAGCGCCGACCCAGCCGUGCAAACUGUCGGCUCGUCUGUUUUUAUACAGUCACAAAGGAAUAAAACUGAAACCUGAAUAAUAUCUGCACAUGCUACAUUCAGAAUAAGACCUAAUUCAGAUUAUCUGCAUGACUGGGGGAGCGUCGCUGUGCAUGUAAAGGUCUCGCUGAGACGAGACUCCUCACACAGACGCCUCGCUGUGUGUAUAUAUCUACUUUAAGCACCAAUUUUAUUUUUAAUGUAGUGAGUGACUAUGACUUUUCUCUGCAGGCAUAUAUUUAUUUAUUUGCUGAUCAACUUCACUGCACUCUGAGUCAACUGGUGCCAGACAUGACCUGACGUGAUUCAGCAAAAAACAAAUACAAAUUUGAUGACGCAGCCGGUGAAGGAGAUGAUGUUCUGAGAAAGAAAACUUGAUAAAUGUUGUUUUUCUUGUAAAAUUACAAGGAAAAAAACUCAAUUAUUUUCUAACAUUACAAAAUCAUACAUUUAACACAUUAUUUCCUAUAAUAGCCCGAAUGCGACAUCGCACAUGUGGCGGAUACGAUAUGGGUUGGGGGUUAUAAAGUUGUGGAAACACCUAAAAUGGCUGCCUGUUACGUUCCCCGUGUUGGAGUCUGUAUGUACGAUUGUCAGUGUGGAGGAGCUUUAAUCAAACACCUGAGUCAUAAAGUAAUGAUGUGAGCUGCUGUUUUCACCCAGUGGACCAAUGAAAACGCUCCUGCUGGAUGUAAAUAAAAGGUUUUGUUUAUUUUGUUUAUGUUGGACAAUAAAAGACAUGAUGACAAAGUCCAGAGUUUGGAAACGUUCAUGACUGACGCACAUCGGGACACAUUUACAGUUGGAUGGUUUCUUUUCCCAGGUGCUUUGAAUGCAUCACAGACCUCAGUGUCAGGUGAGACAGAAGUGGAGGUGGAGGGCGACGGGGUGUUGAACUGUACAUACGUGUUUUAUACCACAGUUACGUGUCUGAGAGCUGAUUGCUGGUUUUGUAUCUGAUGUAUAUUUUGAUUCAAAGUGUGUGCCCGAUUCUGAGCCGUACAUUGUUUGUGUCACAAAGACGAAAAAACAAAAAACAGAUUAAAUCACUUUUUAUCUAAACUCUGAA